CAGGAAGUAGAAAGAGAGAGUUGCUUUGAGCGAAGAAGAAGAAGAAGAAGCAAGAGAAAUUUGAAAGCAAGAAGCGUUUCCAACCAACCAAUAGAGAUCUGGAGUGAGCAAGAGGAGAGAGGCAAGGAGAGUUGAUUUGAAUGUCUGGGGACGAGAGCCGGCGAGAAAUUUGCUAGGGUUUCAUUCAUGACUACUAAGCGCGCUUACAAAUUACAGGAAUUCGUUGCCCACACUUCCGCCGUCAAUUGCCUCAAGAUUGGCCGGAAAACUUCCAGGGUUCUUGUUACUGGCGGAGAAGAUCACAAGGUCAAUCUGUGGGCCAUUGGCAAACCCAAUGCCUUACUGAGCUUGUCUGGACACACCAGUGGCAUUGAUUCCGUCAGCUUUGAUUCUUCCGAGGUCUUAGUUGCCGCAGGGGCCGCAAGUGGUACAAUUAAGCUUUGGGAUUUAGAAGAGGCUAAGAUUGUUCGCACCCUUACUGGUCACAGAUCCAAUUGUAUAUCUGUUGAUUUCCAUCCUUUCGGAGAGUUCUUCGCAUCUGGCUCCCUCGACACAAAUUUAAAAAUAUGGGAUAUCAGGAAGAAGGGCUGUAUUCACACAUAUAAAGGCCACACACGAGGAGUCAAUGCCAUCAGGUUUACCCCCGAUGGACGUUGGGUUGUUUCUGGUGGAGAGGACAACACAGUGAAGUUGUGGGAUCUCACUGCUGGAAAGCUCCUGCAUGAUUUUAAAUGUCAUGAGGGCCAGAUACAAUGUAUAGACUUUCAUCCCCAUGAAUUCCUGCUCGCAACAGGUUCGGCAGAUAGGACAGUUAAAUUUUGGGAUCUUGAAACCUUUGAGCUUAUUGGCUCAGCUGGACCUGAGACAACUGGAGUACGUUCUUUGACAUUUAGUCCUGACGGGAGGGCCCUACUCUGUGGAUUGCAUGAAAGUUUGAAGGUAUUCUCGUGGGAACCAAUAAGAUGCCAUGAUGCUGUGGAUGUGGGAUGGUCACGAUUGUCAGAUCUUAAUGUUCAUGAGGGUAAACUUCUUGGAUGCUCCUACAAUCAGAGUUGUGUCGGAGUGUGGGUUGUAGACAUCUCGCGCAUUGAGCCAUAUGCAGUCGGUAAUGCUAGCAGAUUGAAUGGGAACUCAGAAUCAAAACAUUUGGCUGGUGGUAAUCUGUCUGUACUCCAUGAGAACGCUGCUAGGUCUAGUUUAGGCCGGCUCUCUGUUUCCCAAAGUUCAGAUUCUCUAGUGAAGGAAACAAAGUCUCUUGGAAGGUUAUCAGUGUCCCAAAAUUCAGAUCCCGCCAAGGAGCCAAAAUCGUUGACAUCCACUGGCAGUGUUCCUGGUACUCCUCAACGGAUCAGUCUGAACUCCAGUCCAAAGGCUAUUGUUUCUAGUUCAGUGUCAGUUCCUAGCGCAACAUCCCUGAAAAGGAAUUCUGUUAAGACCAGCGUUCAAACCUUUAACAAGUCAGAUGUCAUACCUGUGAUUGUGCCUAGAACUAGUGCAAGGUCAGAGCUGGCAGCCGAGUCCAGAAAAGAAGCCAGUGUUGCUGGCAGAACAAUGCCAUUCUCUUCACAGUCAAAGACAAAUGAUUUUCGAAAGUUCUCCAAUGCCAGAGAAGAAGUGGAUAGGCCAACUAUCUCUAUAGUGUCUGAAUCGAUUGCUACUAAGGCUACCGAGUUAAGCACUACUGUAGAUAGGAGCGGUUUCUCAAAAACUAUAAGCUCAAGCCAAGCAAUAGAUAGUGCUGAAAGAAAUAUGAAGGAUGACAGAUGUGUUGGACCUGGGAAGCAGGAAACAAGUUCAUUGAUGGAGCCAUCUGCUAGCUUCCAGCAUGAAAGUUCUGAAACUCGAGGGCAUAAGGUGAUGAGAGAUGCAUACUCUGCUGAAGGUCAAAGAGGAGGACGAAUGCGGUCAAUUGCUGUGAAUUGGGAGAGAAGAGAUAGAUAUUCUAACUAUGAGGGACCUACCUCCGAUACCACCCUGGGAUCAGCAUCUGCAGUGAACCCUUUGAAUGCGAGAGGCUACACUACAUCUACAAAAAAAGAAACGGUAUCUACUAGUGAUGAGGAUGCAAUUGCUGAUGUUUUGGAGAAACAUGACCAAUUUGUUAGCUCCAUGCAAUCUCGUUCAACCAAGUUACAGGUAGUCUAUAGAUACUGGCAGAGAAAUGAUGUUAAGGGGGUAAUUGGUGCAAUGGAGAAGAUGUCGGAUCAUGCUGUCAUUGCUGAUGUAGUUAGCAUUAUGGCGGACAAAAUGGACAUUGUCACCCUGGAUGUAUGCACUUGUCUUCUGCCACUCCUCACUGGCCUUCUAGAAAGCAACAUGGAUAGGCAUUUAGGCAUUUCUCUAGAAAUGCUGCUCAAGCUGGUUAGAAUAUUCGGUUCUGUGAUCUAUUCAACAUUAUCAGCAUCAUCAUCUGUUGGUGUAGAUAUUGAAGCCGAGCAAAGGCUGGAGCGUUGCAACUUGUGUUUCAUGGAGCUUGAAAAGGUCAAAGGCUGUUUGCCUGCUCUUACCAGAAGAGGAGGAUCAAUUGCAAAGUCUGCACAGGAGUUGAAUCUAGCUCUUCAAGAAGUUUCAUGACUGAGGGUACUAUACAGUUAAUUUAUGCCAUUUUCGAGGGGGUUUGCAUUUUGGAGCAAUAUACGCAUCUUCUUCAACACCUGAUGAUUCGAUGCUUUGUCUUGCCUGGCCCUGGCUUGGCACACCCUUGCUGUACAUUAGUGCUAACUGCAAGCUGGCUCUAACUAUUCACUAAAGAAACGAGAGGCUAUUUGACAUGUCACCCUGCAUCCUGUUUGGGCAAUUUGCAAAUACCAUUCAAUUUCUGCUCCGUGGAGAAGACAACAACCCAUUCCAAGCUAUUUGAAAGUCCGCCAAGUUAAACUGCAUUUUUUUGCCACACCUUGCUGAUUUAUGUUUGUCUUUCUGUGUAAAAUAUUUAUGUCCUAAUGCAGUAGAUCGGU